GGCUCAGCGGGAACUCUCUGCUGCAGCACCUGACUCCACUAUCAAGACCCUGCCCUUAAGGGCCGCUGGACCCCCGGAUGCGGAUGGCAACCAGCCCUAUCAUUAUUGGCCUUUUUCCACAUCCGAUCUCUAUAACUGGAAGGCACAAAACCCCAAGUUUUCUGAGAAACCAGGGGGACUUAUUGACUUGCUAGAUUCUGUUCUUUUCACCCAUCAGCCCACAUGGGACGACUGUCAGCAGCUUUUACAGGUUCUGUUCACGACGGAAGAGAGAGAAAGGAUCCUCAGUGAGGCCCGGAAAAUGGUUCCAGGCGUGGACGGAAACGCAACUGCCAACCAGGUCCAGAUAGAUGUCUCUUUUCCCUUAAUUAGGCCUGAAUGGGAUUUCAACACGGCAGAAGUCUACCCCUAGCACCUCAAAGUCAGUCCCUCUUCGCCUUUGAGUGGCAUGACCCAGAGGAGGGCGUCAGUGGACAGCUGACUUGGACACGCCUACCCCAGGGGUUCAAAAACUCGCCCACCAUCUUCGACGAGGCGCUGCACGAAGACCUGGGUGAGUACAGAAGGGAACACCCCAACCUCACCCUCCUCCAGUAUGUAGAUGACAUCCUGAUUGCUGCAGACACAGCCAAGGACUGUGAGCGGGGGACCCAAGAUCUAUUGGCCACCCUGGGGGCCUUAGGGUACCGGGCAUCCGCGAGGAAGGCUCAGUUAUGUCGAGAAAGGGUGAGUUACCUGGGAUACAUCCUAGAGGGCGGGCAGCGGCGGUUAUCGGAUGCCAGAAAAGAGACUGUUUUGAAAAUCCCUACUCCCACCUCCAGAAGAGAAGUAAGGGAAUUCCUAGGAUCGGCCGGCUACUGCCGCCUCUGGAUACCGGGUUUUGCCGAAAUCGCCAGGCCCCUAUAUGAAGCUACCAAGGAGGGAAGGGCGUUUGACUGGACUGAGAAAGAUGAAACUGCCUUUAGGCAGUUAAAGAAGGCCCUUCUAGGUGCUCCAGCCCUGGGCCUGCCAGAUAUUACGAAGCCCUUUCACCUCUUUGUAGAUGAACACAAAGGGAUAGCGAAAGGGGUCUUGACUCAAGCUUUAGGCCCCUGGAGCCGCCCAGUGGCUUAUUUGUCCAAGAAGUUAGAUCCUGUAGCUGCCGGCUGGCCACCAUGCUUGAGAAUUAUCGCGGCAACAGCGCUCUUAGUCAAGGACGCUGACAAAUUGACCCUGGGGCAGGAAAUCUGGAUCACAACCCCACAUGCCAUUGAGGGAGUCCUGAAGCAGCCUCCUGACAGAUGGAUGAGUAAUGCACGUAUAACCCAUUACCAGAGCCUCCUACUCAACCCUCCAAGAGUGCGGUUCCACCCCACUGCGGCCCUCAAUCCUGCUACUUUGCUGCCCGACCCUGACUUAGAUGCCCCACUACACGACUGUGCAGGAAUCCUAGAGCAGGUACAUGGACUCCGGAAGGACUUGACCGACCAGCCCCUCCCUGAUGCAGAGGCCACCUGGUUCACGGAUGGGAGCAGCUUUGUGCGGGACGGGUGCAGGUACGCGGGUGCAGCGGUGGUCACUGAAACGGACACUGUGUGGGCGGAGGCCCUGCCCUCUGGGACGUCAGCCCAGCGAGCAGAACUCAUCGCCCUUACUAAGGCACUGACACUGGGGGCUGGGAAGCGGCUUAACGUUUACACAGACAGCCGUUAUGCAUUUGCUACAGCUCAUGUCCACGGGGCAAUCUAUCAGGAGAGAGGGCUGCUGACGGCAGAGGGACGGACAAUAAAAAAUAAGCAGGAGAUUCUCGAUCUGCUUGCGGCCUUAUGGCUUCCUGCCAAGUUAGCCAUAAUCCACUGCCAGGGGCACCAGAAAGCCGAUGACCCGGUAGCAAGAGGUAACCAAAAGGCUGACCAGGCUGCGAAGGCAGUAGCCCUUACCUCGGUCCCUACCAUGGCCUUACAACUCCCAGACCCAGGGGACCCAGUCUUACCAGACCAACCCAAGUACUCCCAGGAAGAAUUGCAACGCAUCAGAAAGCUCCCCAGAGCCCAGGAAAUAAAGGGAUGGUGGCAUACAUCAGAAGGGGAACUCAUACUGCCAGACCGGCUCGGGGACACGGUAUUAGAACAUAUGCACCGGUCCACUCACCUGGGAACCCGGAAAAUGAAGGACUUAAUCCGACAUGCCGGGAUCAAGAUUCACCAGCAGGAUACCAAGAUAGAUCAGGUUGUAUCUGCCUGCAAGACCUGUCAACUCACAAACACAAGAGCUGGAUCAAAUGAAAGAGGGACCAGGCUCAGAGGCACCAAACCAGGAGCACAAUGGGAAGUCGACUUCACUGAAAUUAAACCAGGGAAGUAUGGUUAUAAAUAUCUUUUAGUAUUUGUAGAUACCUUCUCUGGCUGGGUAGAGGCAUACCCUACCAAGCAUGAAACAGCUCAGACGGUGGCCAAGAAGCUACUGGAAGACAUCUUACCCAGGUAUGGUUUUCCUGCUAUGAUAGGGUCCGACAACGGGCCAGCCUUUAUUUCACAGGUAACACAGGUAGUAACCAGGGCUAUUGGGGCAAAUUGGAAAUUACAUUGUGCUUAUAGACCCCAGAGUUCGGGUCAGGUAGAAAGAAUGAACAGAACUCUAAAAGAGACCCUUACCAAAUUAACUAUGGAGACGGGUGGGGACUGGGUGGCUCUCCUACCGUAUGCCCUUUACCGGGUAAGGAAUUCCCCAUACACCCUGGGCUUUACUCCCUAUGAAAUCAUGUUUGGCAGGCCACCCCCUAUCAUUCCUAACCUUAAAGCUGACCUUCUCGCUGAAUUUGAAAAUCAAGAACUAUCUCUUUCUUUGAGAGGGCUUCAGAAGGCACAUGAGGACAUUUGGCCACGUCUCCGCGCCAUCUACGAGGCCAGCCCAACCCCAACUCCUCAUCAGCACAGACCAGGAGAUUGGGUCUACGUCAGAAGGCACCGCCGGGAGACCUUGGAGCCACGUUGGAAGGGUCCCUACACUGUGGUGCUGACGACCCCCACCGCUCUCAAGGUAGAUGGCGUCGCGACCUGGGUCCACCACACUCACGUGCGGUCAGCAGAACCAUCCAUGACCCGGAAAGACUUCAUCACCAAAUGGAGCAUCGAUCGAGAUCAGUGCAACCCGCUCAAGCUCAAGCUACGGCGUGCUCGACCUGCCUGAUGCCGGUAACAUGGCUCGCGAU